AUGCCUCAGAAUUUCAUCUUGGAGGUUGAGGUAUUUGAUGUUUGGGGAAUUGACUUCAUGGGACCUUUCCCGAACUCAUUUGGCAAUGAAUACAUAUUGGUGGCUGUCGAUUACGUGUGCAAGUGGGUAGAAGCUUUGGCCAGCCCCAAUAAUGAUGCAAAGACCGUGCUCAAGAUGUUCAAGUCGGUUAUUUUCCCACGGUUUGGUGUCCCACGGGUAGUCAUUAGCGAUGGUGGAUCGCAUUUCAUUAAUAAGGUCUUUGAGAGUCUUCUUAAGAAGAAUGGAGUGAGGCACAAGGUCGCCACCCCCUACCACCCACAAACAAGCGGCCAAGUUGAGAUCUCUAACCGGGAGAUUAAGAGCAUUUUGCAAAAAACAGUGAACACAACAAGGAAGGAUUGGUCUCAGAAGCUAGAUGAGGCUCUAUGGGCUUAUAGAACCGCCUACAAAACACCCCUGGGGACUACACCGUUUCACUUGGUGUAUGGUAAGGCGUGUCACCUUUCUGUUGAGCUAGAGUACAAGGCUGCUUGGGCAGUAAAAAUGCUGAACUUUGACACUAAGAGUGCCCAUGAAAGGAGGAAGAUGCAACUGCAUGAGCUAGAGGAGAUUAGAAAGAAUGUUCAAUGUUUUGAAUGCAAAGGAUAUGGUCAUGUACGGUCUGAUUGUGCCAAUCUACAAAAGCAUAAGAAGAAGGCUAUGAAUGUUGUUACUAGUGAUUCUGAAACUGAUUCAGAUGAAGAAGAAGAACUGAAGAAUUUUGUGGCGUUUACAACUUUUGAAGAUAGUUCUGAAUCAGUGUCUGCAUCAAAGUUUGCAUCAGUGUCUGCAACUGCUUCUGAACCUGCAGCAAAACCUGCAACUGCAUCUGAACAUGAAUUUGAUAGUGAUAGUGAUGGAGAGGAUAUGAGUUAUGAAGAACUUGGUAAGAGUUAUGAGAAGUUGUAUGCACAUUGGCUUAAGGUAGUUGAUGAUAAUUCAGUUUUGAUUAAGGAGAAGCUUGAGUUAGAGGCUAAAGUCGUUGAAGCAGAGAAAUAUGCAACAGAGAAGGGAGAAGAAGCAUUACAAGCUAAAGUGCAGCUUGAAGAAACUCAAAAGAAUUUGAGGAUGCUUAAUAAUGGUACAGAGAAGUUGGAUCACAUUCUGACUAUUGACAAGACUGAUAAGUGUGGCCUUGGAUAUGAAGGAAAAGUUUCAAAAUCGGAUCCAGGGUUUGUUUCAAGUGGAAAAAUCACGUUUGCAUCUGGAAUUGUGUCAGAGACUGCUUUAAAGAGUGCAUCAAAGACUGCUUCCGAGACUGUUUUUGUGAAAGAACAGAAUACACCUAGAAAUGUUUUUCGACCUGUUUGUCAUCAUUGUGGUGUUGUUGGGCAUAUUAGGCCAAGAUGUUUCAGAUUGUGGAGAGAGAGGAGCCGAAUGGAGAAUGCUUAUGAUGUAAGGUUUCAUGGUCCUACAUGUUAUCAUUGUCGAGUUCAAGGACAUAUCAAGAGGAAUUGUUUCAGAUUCAUUCAAGGAGUCAAUCAUGAAGGUCUAAGGCGCAACAAGAUUUGGGUUAGAAAAGAUGAUUUCUAUGGAAGUGGUGGGGAGAAUGAAGAUGUGUUUGGUGAUGUGUUUAGGUGUUUGAACUGA